AUGACAUCCAACAUCCAGCCGAUGACGCCAUUCUCGGUAGAGUUGGAAACGUUUAAGGCGUUGAAGAGGUUCAACAUGCUGAGGCUUCAAAUCUACGACAAUAAGUCCGAUCCAAACUUUUAUGUUGGUUUGUAUUUAAAUUCAAUGGCUUUGUGGAGUGGGAAUAAACAGUUGCUGUGCAAAGUAUUCCUAUCAUCCUUUGGAGAGAUAACAUCGGAUUGGUUCCAGAAGUUGCCGAAAGGAAUUAUAAAGAGUUGGAAAGGCCUGGCCGAGAUGUUUGUGGCCAGGUUUGUUAUGAACAAGUCGCAGCCACAGAGGGUAGAUUCCCUAUUGGCUUUGAAGAUUAGCGAUGGCGAAGGCCUCAAGGCUUAUGCUAAGAGAUACUAUGAGGUGUAUACACGGAUUCUGGGUUGUAACCAGGAGGUGGCGGUCGUGUCUUUCAAGAAUAGCCAGAAUGAUCAAUGCUCAUUUCGGAAAUCACUUUUCAAAACCCUACCGAAGAGCAUGAAGGAAACAGGAGCGAGGUCUAUGCAAGUAGUUAGCACUGUAUUCAGGAUCCUAAUCUAUAAAGUCUUGGAGAGGAUCAAGAACCAACCAUACUACAGACUGUCAAAGAAGAUCCCUGGCGAGUUCAUGGACAGGAGCACUAGGAAGCAUUGUGCCAACCAUAAUGAGGAUGGGCACCUAACUCAGCGAUGUAUGGUUCUGAAGUCACACCUGGAAGAUCUAGUCAGACAGGGUCACUUGAGCGACCUAGUGAAUGAGGUAAGGACAAGAGAAGAGCAUGCAAGGCUGCCCCAAACACUGGCAGCACACCUCCACCACCACCACCACCACCGCAGCAAGCAGAGGGACCUCGACUAA